AAGGGAAGGAAGAAAGGAAGAGGAGAAAGAAAAAGAAAGAAAGGAAAAGAAAAAGGAAGGAAAAGAAGAAAGGAAUACUGAAAAGAGGAGGAAGAAUAGGAGACAAGGAUGGGAAAUAAGAACUCAGCCUUCACGGAGGAGGAACUGGAGGACUAUGAGGAUCUGACUUACCUGACGCGGCGGGAGAUUCUCAUUGCGUGGGGGAAGUGGAGAGGCCUGGUUGGAGGUAGAGGGGAACCAGAUAAGAUAAGUCGCUAUCCUGAGAAAGAUGUACAGAAACUACCAGAAUUGCAGCACAACCCGUUCAGGGAUCGCAUCACCCGCGUAUUUUCGUCACUGAAGGACUCCAGGAUGAGCUUUGAAGACUUCCUUGACCUGUUGUCCGUGAUGAGCAGCAAGGCGCCCCUGCAGCUCAAGGCCCACUACGCCUUCCACAUCUUUGAUUACAACGAGGAUCAAAUUCUGGACACUGAGGACCUGGAGGUGGUAGUGGAGAGGCUGACGGGGGACCACGGACUACUGCCGGAGGAGAAGAACAAAUUAGUAGAGAGGCUUCUAGAGGAUACGGAUCUCGACGGGGGCGGCAUCUCUGAGGAGGAAUUUAAGCAUCUACUGACGAAGUGCCCAGAUUUCAUCCACUCCUUCAGGUUCUCAGUCUAACAAAGCAGCAACAGGAGGAGGAGGAGAAGGAAAAGGUGGGAAUGCUUAGAAAAAAUAUGAUACGGUAAUGAAGAGUGAUGAUGAGGGAAGUGAAGAUGGAGGAGGAGGAAAAGGGAAAAAUGUGUUAAUUAGCGUAAUUUGAAAGUGCUCUGGGAAAAUAUCUGGAAAAUAAACAAGAAGAAGAACAAAAGGAGGAAUAAUAAUAAGAAAA